CUACUCGGAUUGCCUUUCGGAAGCUUUCCGGCGCAAACGCCGAACCAUUCAUCAACAAUGGCACCCAAGUCAAAAAAGAUUGGGUACAUGAACAAGCAGGUCUACGAUGCUUUCCUGUGGACUUUUUCUAUCCUCGUCGAGCUCUUCUUUCGCGAAGUUCACCCCAGAGGCAGCUGGAAGGUACCCAAAGAUGGCCCCGUCAUCUUCGUGUGCGCCCCCCAUGCAAACCAGUUUGUGGAUCCUCUGAUCCUGCUGCGCAUCGUCAAGCGAGAAUCGAACCGCCGAAUCCACGUCCUGAUCGCCGAGAAAUCCAUGAAGCGCAAGUUUAUAGGUGGCGUCUCUUCAGCACUGGGUGCUGUUCCAGUAGGCAGAGCUAUGGAUCUUGUCAGACCCGCCCAGGGCAAACUAUACCUCCCCGACCCCGUCAACGACCCAUGUCUCCUCCGCGGCGUGGACACAAAGUUCGAUGCACACCCCUUCCAAGUUGGCGGAUCCGUGGUGCUACCCAAGGUCGAUGGUGUCGGAGCUUCUGCUGAGAUUCUGGAAAUCAAGGGCCCUGAGGAGAUAAAACUGAAGCGCCCCUUCAAGGGAGGAAUCGCUAUGCAACAGUUGACUGGUCGUAAUGACAUGACCAAAGAUGGGACCUUUGUUGGUGGCGCGUCAAAGCUUUUGGGUCCUGCCCCAGGUUUUGAAGGCAUCAAUUUCCAGGUCGCUCCCAAAUUGGAUCAAAGUGGUGUUUACGAUGCCGUGCAUACCGUACUUCAUCAAGGAGGCUCCGUUGGCAUCUUCCCCGAAGGUGGUAGCCAUGAUCGUUCCGACCUCCUUCCCCUCAAAGCCGGAGUGGCUAUCAUGGCGUUGGGUACGGUGGCCUCCAAGCGUGACUGUAACCUCAAGAUCAUUCCUGUGGGAAUGAACUACUUUCAUGCGCACAAGUUCCGCUCAAGGGCUGUCAUCGAGUUUGGUAACCCAAUUGAUGUACCUCUGGAAAUGGUCGAUAGGUUCGAAGGGGGUCACAAGCGUGAGGCGAUAGGAGAAUUGCUGGAAGUCAUCCGAGAAGGUCUUAUCUCCGUCACGGUUACGACACCCGAUUACGAUACACUCAUGCUGAUUCAAGCCGUUCGAAGACUUUAUAACCCGACAGGCACGAAGCUUCCGCUACCACGAGUUGUCGAGUUGAAUCGCCGUCUUGUUCAAGGCUACACCAAGUACAAGGACGAUCCACGCAUCAUACAGCUGAAAAAGGAGGUGCUUGCUUACAACAAAGAGCUGCUUGCGCUCCGACUCCGCGAUCAUCAAGUACAAUACGCGCGCGUGAACGUCUUCACCUGCCUUUUCCUCUUUUGGUACCGUCUGAUCAAAUUGAGUUUUCUGACUAUUUUUGUGGUUCCGGGAUUACUUCUGUUUGGAGGCGUCUUCUUCGUUUGCAAACAGAUAUCGCGUGCAAAGGCCAAACAAGCCCUCGCGGAAUCGAAUGUGAAGAUUGCCGCCAAAGAUGUCCUAGCCACCUGGAAGCUUCUUGUCGCUAUGGCUGCCGCACCCUCCAUCUAUUUCAUGUACGUCAUGAUCGGAACCUACCUCUACACACGUAACAACGUAUUCGGCAUUCUACCCCCCGGUAUCAAGAAGCGAUGGCUCAUCCUAGGCCAAUGGAUCCUAUACCCCACUGUCACAUACGCAGCGCUCCGCUUUGGUGAAGUUGCAAUGGACAUUGUCAAAUCUCUGGUCCCCCUCAUAAAAAUCAUGAGCCCCUGGUCGGGCAACCAACUCGUGCGCCUCAAGGAUCGCCGCGAAAAGCUCGCCCAAGCCAUCACCGACAUCAUCAACGAGCUCGGCCCGGAAAUGUUCGACGACUUCCAUUCGAAACGAAUCAUCGAAGACCCCUUCUCCAAAUCACCUGCCACCACCACCUCACCCACAUCAACCCGUCGCCGUCCAGUCACCCCACCACCUCAAAAAGAACCCUCAGACCCUGCCCAGCAGAACAUCGCAGACACAUACGAUUACCCGACUUCACCUUCCUCCCCAUCGCUCCAUCGCGCCCACACCAUCCCCCGAAACGAAUCCUUUGGCGAUCUCGCGAACCAGGAUUUCUUCUCCACAAGACCGAGUACUCCAAAGAGAGACCACAGCCGAACACCGUCUGGCUCGUCGCUGCUCGGCGGCGGAUUCCAGCUUAAGCCGUUCAGCACCAUCGAUGGAGGGGGUCUUGAGGAGGUUAGUCGGCGGAUCAAGAGCGGGAUGAGAAGACGCGGGUUGGUGAGGAGACGGAGUAGUGGGGCUGGGAGUGUUUUCGAUGAAGGGGAUAGUGAGGGCGUGAGUGAUGAUGAGGAUGAGGACGAGGUUGUCAUGGUUGAGAAACGGAGGUAG